AUGACGCAGUUUGAAGUGGAUACGACCUCGUUCGAGGGCGACACCGCCGGAAACGACGGCAACGAUAGGAACGAUCAAAACGAUCAAAACGAUCAAAACAACCGCGACGAUCGAAAGGACGGCCCCGGGGAGAGUCGAAGCGGAAGUUGGGGCAGCAUCCGGCAGCGCAACCCCUCCUAUGAUGGCGCAGGCGAAGUGAGACAAAGAAUCGACCACACGGAUAGAAGCGACAGUGCGAAGGGUCACACAGAUGUGCAUGGAAGAGGACCCGUAAAGGAUGUAAAGGUCCUAUGUAUGGCAAACGAGGGGAAGGUUGGCGAAAUGGGAAAAGACGUGCAUGUGUGCGUGAACGGCAGGGUGAUGGAGACAGCGCUUUGCACGAGAGAGGCACAACAGGUGAACAGUCAGGAGAAGCGUGCGCAGAGGAGGGACCAAGCUGUGGAGUUUUCAAAUGCAAGAGGCGAAGCUGUGGAAUGUUCAAAUGCGGGAGACUCAUCUGAGUUGUGUGAGCAUGGGGAGGAGAAGGGGGAGAAGGAGAAAACGAAAAAAACGGAGAAGGCGGAGAAAACGGAGAAGGCGGAAAAAACGGAAAAAACGGAGAACAUCUUGCUGAGUCUGCUGAGGAUGAAGGACCUAGUCGCGGAGCACACUCUACGGAAGCGAAAGAGUGAAAAAUGGAAGAUGGACCAAAUGAAGCAAGCCAAACGUUAUUUGGGACAAAAAAUGGAAGCAAACAAAAAGGAGGAAUUCACAGGGAUGAUCCUCCCAUGUGCCUCAGAAUAUAAAGCGUAUUGCCACUUGCUUCAUUUAGGGUUAAUACUUAUUCACGUGAACGUAGCUAGUGGAGUCAUGAUCCAUACGUUCAAAUGCAUGUGUCAUGCUGAGUGUGUUGGGGAGGCAUAUAUACUCACAGGGAAGAAAUCGAUAGACAGCGAAAUAUUGAUUAAGGGUCCCAUGUGUAUAGGAAAGAAGGAACCCAUCGUGCAACAGUGUACUCUCUGCACGGAACAGAGCCAUUGCCAUGGGAUACAAAUACUUCAACUCGAGUACAAGUGCAAGGAGAUAUGUAAGAAAUUUUAUUUGCAGCAUGAAAAAGAGAUGCAUCAGUCGAUUAAGAGUCGUAAAUUACAAAGGCACGAAGAAUACAUGGAUUGA